GAUCCCAGCCACCACUUGUCACGUGAGAAGCGCAGACGCCUGGCGUCGGCGCGCUCUAUCCCGGCACAGAUGGGCAUUCGUACGCAUGCGCAGUUAGCGAAGCGUGUGUCCGGGCGCUGCAGCUGUCACCGCCCUCUUUUUGCGCAUGCUCUGUGGCCCGGGCAAUAUCUACACUCUGCAGCAGCAGCGCUUACCUUGCAUACAAAGGAGCUGCAGCAGUGUUGGACCCCACGACAACGCUGACAAUGAAUGAGGGCUGUCCUGAGGCAACGGGGGAGGUUUUCGAAAAUGAAGUUGUGAUACAAUCUGAAGAUGGUUCCGUGGAGCAGACCCUGCUUACUGAGCAGCUAGCAGACGCCUUAAAAAUUAAGAAUAUUCGCGAUGACAUAAGCGAUAGGAUACUGAACCUCACCCUGAAAAUUAUCUACCUGCUGACCGGAGAGGAUUAUGGGCCACUGAAGAAAUACGGGGAGCAGGACACCAUCCAUAGCAGACCCCAUGCAAUGGAUGGAUUGAGCAGGAAUCAGAGCCCCACCCUGGAGCCUCCACCUCACUCGCUGAUUCAUGAGAGAGACAAUGACCAGAAGAUCCUGGAACUCACCAACAAGAUCAUUCAGCUGCUGACUGGAGAGGAGUGGAAUCUUCCAGGAAAUUGCCAGAGUGGUGGUGAAGAUGUUCACUUGGAAGGAACUUUAGCCUGCUCUAUGGGCGGAAAUACAAGACCGAACAUGUCUGAAUGCCUCCUUUUUUCCAGGAAAGAUUUAGCUGUUGCUGAUGUAGAAACAUAUCCUAUAGGGCGCACAUUGGAAAAUAGCAAAUGGCUGGGAACGACCGAUGUUCCAGUCAGCAAGACCACAACGACGAAACAUACGCAAACAGAAAACACGCCCACUGAGAUUGCAGAUGAGCCCGGACAAUCUGUAGGUGGAGGAAUAUACUACACUAAGUGUACACAGACAGAAUACACCUCUACUUAUAUUUUGGUGUGUAACACAGGAAAUGGUAAUGAUGGGAUAAAGGUCAGCGCAGGCGGUACAGUUCUUGCCAAAAAGUCGAUGAAUGAGCUUGGACAACGUGCAGGUGCCAUAGGGAGGCCGUAUAAAUGUUCUGUAUGCUCCAAGUCCUUCACUAGCACCUCAGAUUUUAAUAAACAUCAGGUGGAACACAGCGAGAAGGAGACAGCUUGCCAAGACUGCGGGAAGCACUUCUCCUGUAAGUCACACCUCAUGAGGCAUCAGAAGAUUCACACAAGCGAAAAACUGUUCCUGUGUUCGGAGUGCGGGAAGUGUUUUAUCUUGAAGUCGGCGCUCCUGCGGCAUCAAAUGACCCACACUGGAGAGAAACCCUUCUCCUGCUCAGCCUGCGGGAAAUGCUUUAACCAACGUUCCCAUUAUGUGAGGCACCAGCUAAGUCACUCUGGGAAGAAGCCAUUUUCCUGUUCGGAGUGCGGGAAGUAUUUUAUUCAGAAUUCUGAUCUGGUUAAGCAUCAGAGGGCGCAUAAGGCAUCAAACCUGUCUUGUAGCAUAUGUGGGAAACAUUUCUGCUCCAAAAUGUUCCUUCGCAAACAUCAGAGGAGCCACGGUGAAAUGAGCAGGUCCAUGUGUCCUCAGUGUGGCAAGUGGUUUUCCCAGAAAUCGGCGCUUGUCGUCCACCAGAGGAUUCACACGGGAGAGAAACCCUUCGCGUGUUCAGACUGUGGGAAAGGUUUCAACCGGAAGUCCCUUCUUGUUAGACACCAGAGAACGCACACGGGGGAAAAACCAUUCUCCUGCCCUGACUGUGGGAAAAGCUUCACCCGCACCACAAAUCUGAUCAUACACCAGCGGAUUCACACAGGGGAGAAACCCUUCUCCUGCGCCAAGUGUCAGAAACCUUUCAGUAGUAACGCAACUCUUAUUAAACAUCAGAGGAUUCAUGCAAACGAUCAAGAAGAUUUGUGAGUUAAAUGCACAAAAUUAUUUUGGGGUAAGAACCCCUAUUAAAGAUAGGAAUAUUUUUUUAUUUAUUUUUCCUUUUUUGGAUGAAAGUUCUCCAUCAAAAGCAUUUUCUUCAACUGAUAUGUCCUCACUGUUCUUGAUCUAGAUCAGGGAUGGGGAACCUUCGGCCCUCCAGCUGUUGUAGAACUACACAUCCCAUCAUGCUCUACAACAGUUUUAGCAUGGCCAAAUAGUAAAACUAGUAAGGCAUGCUGGUAUGUGUAGUUCAACAACAGCUGGAGGGCCAAAGAUUCCCCACCCCUGAUUUGAACCUUUUCAACAGGUACCGCAGGCUGGUCACCAGGGGGCUGUGUGUGACUUCAUACUAGAUUGUUGCUUUAAGCAGUAUAGCUUCACAGUAUACGGUCCUUAGGUCGACCUUAAUAAGGUCAACAUCAAUAGGUCGACCACUAUUGGUCGACACCUAUAAAAGGUUGACGUUGUCAUUAGUUCGACACAGAAAACGUUGACAUUAGUUUUUUCACUUUUUUUUUUUUUUUUUACUUUUUCAUACUUUAUGAUCCAUGUGGACUACGAUUCGGAAUAGUAACCUUGCCCGAAGCAUGGCGAGGGGACAUGGUGUACUAAUUGGGGUUCCCGGUCACGUUCCGAAUAAAACUACACAUAAAAAAAAUAAAAAAAACACCUUAUGUCGACCCAUUUUCCUUGUUUCGACCUAGUGCCUGUCGAAACAAUGAGUGUUGACCUAAUUAGGGUCGAUCCAACAAACCCAUUCCAGCUUCACUUCCCUCUGGCUGAGUACUGGGAAUACAAAUGGAAUAAUGGAGACGUUUUGUUUUUUUGUUAUCCUUAAUAAUUUUAUAUAUAUAUAUAUAUAUAUAAAUAUAUUUGGGAACAAAUAUGGGGGCAUAUGUAAUAGGGUCCACGUUUGCCGUAAGUGUAGGAUGCCGGACAAUCUCGGAAGGUUUUCCUUAAAGUGGCAAUCAUUUACAAAGCAAAACCAUGCUUUGUAAAUGAUUGCCGCUUUAAAAAAAAAAAAAUCGGAGAUUAGCCGGCAUCCCGCACCUCCGGCAAACGUGGAUCCUAUUACACACCAUCUAAAUGUACCCCUAAUAAAAGCAAAUUUAACUUAAGGGAGUACAUUUAGCAUCUUGGUGUAUCCUGCAAUUAUCAAGGACUUAAAGCUGCACUACCUCCUUGGAAAUGUUUUCCCUAGCCAGGGAAAAAUGGCAGCCAGUUCUGUUGGCCAACAUUAAGUGGUUGUGGGAGGAGGUGUGUUCAUUUAAUAAUUGUGGCUUGUGAUUACUUCCCUCCCCCCCCCCAAGAAUACAUAUAGUAACUCAUGAUUUUGUUAUAACCGUUACCAUAAGGCUACUCAAGGUGGUUACCCUUCUCUGUAAAUGUUCUAGUUGUAGCACAAGUUUACUUAAGAAAAAAAGAUUUGCCAAAACCCUAUACUUCUCAAGGUGCAACGAGGAAAAUGACUUGCUCGGUCCUUUUAGCUAGCACUGCUCAUUGCAAACGGUCUGUUGAAAAUGUAUUGGCACAUACCAAGGAAGCAUACUGUAACAGUUGUGGGAGAAAUAUAUUAUUGUAAAUAAGUAUAUUGUGCUAUUCUGGCAAUAAAAGUUAUACUUUUCCACAUACAUUAU